UGAAUUUUGUUGGUGUGUGGUUAGAAAGUGUGUGCUGUGAGCUUGGAAUUACUUUUGACUUAUUGUCUACAAAGGUUCACUCCUAGACUGAAAGAGUGAAAUUGAGAACAAAUGGCUCCUAAGCGGAAGCAUAGCACUGAGGAGCAAGAUAAAAGAGAAAAACUGAUGCGGCUUGCAGCUGCCAUCUUUGGCAUUCGAAUCAGCCAGAAAUAGUUGAAUGCACAUGUCUACUAGAGUGCUAUGUUAGAUAAAGAGCGUCACAGCCGUCCAUUGCCCAUCGACCCAAAAAGCAUCCAUAUGUGGGAUCCUAUCACAACUGAAGAUACUAAAGAACCAGAAAAAUCUGCACUGGAGACAGAUAGUCAAUCUACAUCCAGAAUAGGCAAGAAUGAUUGGUGUUCUUGCUCCAACUGCAUAGCAAUGCCUACAGAAGAAGAAUCUGUGUGUUGCAGAGAGAUUAGAAAUAUUGAUCCUCAUUUACCUAAUGAGAAUUUGUGUGUAUGUGAUGCACAUUUUGUCCAGACAUACCUGAUGAACAGAGCACAUUUAAAAGAGCUACACCGUUAUGCUUCAGGAUUUAAGAAGCUAAGGUUACCUAGUGUUAAUGCAUUGCAAGAAAUGGACCUUCGCAGGAUUGCUUAUCGGAAGUUCACUAUGUGGAUCUAUAAGUGUAUUGGGCCGACAGAUCAAAGACCUAUUCCAUCUUGCUUGGUAAAAGCAGUUCGUUCACAGUACCCUGCACAGGACGACAUAAAUGUUGGAUUCCACACUGUAGAAUGUGAUGGUAAUGCAGCCUAUAUGAUCCAUGAAUAAUGUCUUUGUCAGCAUUGUUUGUAUAUUUAUUUGUUUUCUUACAUUUUUUUUAUAGUUAUGAGUUUCAUUGUUACAUUUUCUAAUAUCUACUUUUAUAUAUUUAGUGUUGUGUGUUUUGUAUAGCUCUAUUAUAAUACAAUUUCAAAAUAAUUUUAUAUUAUACAACAAUAUAACAUUUGAUAAUUAAACUUUGAAAUUGUACAUUGUUUACAUUAUGAGGAAUGAAAAUAAACAGUAAAAGAAGAAUUAAAAAAGGACAUUAAACACUUCUUGAUUGUGUGCAAAACGUGUACUUUCUCCCACACUCCAUAGAGAGGUCAGUUUUCCUUUUGGUCUCUCUAAGUAAAUUGGAAAGCUGUUUAAAAUGUAAUGCUCUGUCGAACACUGUGGGGGACUUUAAGAAUGCGUGGGGUAGGCAUAAGGCUAUCAUACACACUAAUUAAGCUUAUACUUUACAGGAAAUGUGAGCAGACUUGAUGAGCCUAUGGUUCUUAUCUGCUGUUAAAAUCAAAGUUUCUAUGUUUUCUUCUAUGAAUUACAAAAGUUUAAAUUUGACUUUACUAUCCCUUUAAAGGACCAGUAAAUAGCUGAUUUUGGUAUUAAUUUUAAAUGUUGUAUAGUUUAAAUAUAUGUAAGUGAUCACACAGAUGUAAUGAUUUUAUAAUAAAAACUUAUUUUAACUUA